AUGCAGAUAAAGAAAAUGAAGGAUAUUGGACAGCAAAUAUAUACUUCUCAAGUGAGUGACAGACAUAACUCCUUGACCAUGUCACCGAAGCAGCCUGACGCCAGUAGAGUAACUAGACCAGAGAGACAAGCCCAAGCCCUCUUGUACCAACGCUCAGAGACAGAGGCUGCCAUGAUGACUAUUGCUACAUGUAUAAAAUGCAAAGUUGUUCACAGAGUCCCUUUUCAAGACUUAAAGAGCACUGGGCAAAGCCCAAAAGAAGACAAAUACGUCUGUUUCACAUGCAGCCUCGGUGUGCCUCCUCCACGUUUUCAUUUUGUGCACAAUAACGGCAGUGCCGCUCACAUGGGAAAUCAAGCUGAAGUCUUCUCCAACCCUAUCAAUAACAAGUUCAAGGUAAGGAACUUUAAGCCAGGCAAAUACUAUUGUGAUAAAUGCCGGUUUUCCACCAAGGACCCCCUGCAGUACAGAAAGCACACCCUUCAACAUGAAGAGAUCAAAUUCAUCUGCUCUCACUGCAGCUGCAUUUCCUACACAAAGGGGGAGUUUCAGAGGCACUUGGUGAAACACACAGGCAUCUUUCCCUAUCAGUGUGAAUAUUGUGACUAUGGUGCCAUUAGAAACGAUUACAUCGUCAAACACAGGAAGAGGGUGCAUGAGAAGCCCGGUGGGAAACGGUCACCCAAAACCGUUGCCAAGUUGGAGCCAAAAAGAACCAGCAUAAGCACAUCCAAACAAAACCCAGAGCUUUCGAAAGCAACCAAUCUGAGGACUACAUUUCAAAAUAGACUGUCAGACCAGCUUUCUAGGUUCUCCCCCCACACAAAUAAAGACAAAAUGCACAAUAUCACAUUGAUACCAGAAUCAAAGGAGUACCAAAAAGAUGUCGUGUGCAUCCCAAAUAAAAUGACCCCGUCUGAGCCAAAUGACAUCAGUCUGUUUGAGAAUAAAAAUGUUGAGGUAGAAGUGUUAUCCCCUGCAAAAGAGCCCGUGCAGCCAGGCAUGCCUUUAACAGUUGUCGCACCCGCAGAGCUCGUUGUGCCCGCAAACUGUUUGGCUCAGCUGAUAGAUGUGAAGGUUGUCAAUGGAACGCAGCAGCUUGUUCUGAAACUGCUUCCUCUGGAAGAAAAUAAUUGCCGUGAGGCUGGUAGGGGCAAUGGAGGCAAUUUUGAGCUCGUAACAAAGGAGGUUUCAAGUGAGCACGAGAAAACUGUGUCUUCAGAAGAAACAAAGUCACUGAUGUUUGAGACGAAUGUUGGAAAACGCACAGGCCUUGAUGAUAUGCAGUCUUCAGUGCACACACAGCUGAACAACAUGAAAUGGGGGAAGCCUUACGAUUUCUUCAUGUCCAAUCCUAGUGGGCACAACCAGGGAGAGUCCUUUCUAAGCUCUGAUAGAGUUGAGGAUUUGCAGAAAAAAAAUCAUUUGUAUCCAUACAGAGCUACUGCACCACCCCCUUCUUUUGCCUUAGAAGGUCGUUCUGCAUCAUCUGUAGGAAAAGCCAGUGUUUUAUGUGGGCUUGGAAUGGCAUCAAACCCUUUUCCGUAUAAGGCUGCAAUGUCUUUUCCUGAAGAUGCACGGAGUUUACACAGUGACUCACAACCUUUGUUCCCUCUUGCUGCUCCACCUGCAGCCAUUUCCUUCUGUGGAGAAAAUGGUUUAUUGCCCGUCAGUGAAAAUGACUGGGAAUCUAGACGUGAGAUCAGUAUUCCUUUAAAAAUGGUUUCCUCUAAUAGGAAACUGAAUGACAACCAGACAGAGGCCAUUUCAAAUAUAGGCCAGGUUCCCUCUCAACAUAAAAGUGAAUAUUUACACAUAAACUUAAGUGGAGACAAUAGAAUCAGAUCUCAACAACCUAUGGACAAGCCUUUGGAAUUAAAGACUCCUGAAAGGAAUGACUAUUUUGAUGGUCCUGUCAUCUCAUCAGUGUUUUCUCUGAGCUCUGGAUCUGAAAACGUCCCUGAAGGCAUCAAAUGGAAUAGUUCAGCCUCCAAAAUAAAGUCAAUUGAACUGUUUCGCAGAAAGAUAGCUCAGUUAAUUGAGUCCUGUGGCAAGCCUUCAUCAUUGACUGCAAAUAACAUACAUCGUCGUUCUGUAGGGCAGGCGUCAAAGGUAACUUCGAAGGCAACCUCUGAAGGUAUCCAAGAAAUUAAUGUGUCGUUUCCUAGCCCAGGCUAUCCCACAAGUUUGCUCCAGAAAUCUCAGGAUUACAGUAGUGUUGGUGGACAGCUGAUUCGUGAGCAUGUAUACCCACCGUUUGUAGAUGGCAAUGAUGGAAGGACUGAAAGCAAAAUGCCCAGGAAGGGUCAUGUCUCUGCUCCAGUGUUGAUCCCCAAAGGGGCCGUGUUGAGGGUUCUUAACUCCUCUGAAGAUACUCACAUCAUAGAGGCUACGUGUGAAGCACCUGUCAGCAUACCUUGCACUGAAACACAGUUGUUAAAACCCGUUCCACUCUGCCCUGUGAAACAGACUGACUCAAACUUAGAGGUAGCAACAAACGAAAGUGGGCCAAUAGAUAUGUCCCAAAACCUGCUGGAGACAUCUCCUUGGCCUAAGCCAAAGAGAGAGAGUGCUCUGUAUAGCAUCACCCCCAGAAAAACUGCCCCCCUGCAUGGACAGCAAGGAGGCAGUGAGUGGAAUAAACAAGGGAAGCUGCUCUCAAGAAAUCUUGCCAUAAAUCGAAAUAAAACCAAACAUGUCAACUCCUCCAAGAAGAAAAACAAAAUCCAGGCUGAUCCCAGCCACUAUUUCAAGGAUCCGUCCAUUUUUCAGGUUGCGAGACAACUUCGACUCAUAGCAGCUAAACCAGACCAGCUGAUUAAAUGCCCCCGCCGGAACCAGCCAGUCAUUGUCUUGAACCAUCCUGAUGUGGACUCACCAGAAGUGACCAAUGUGAUGAAGGUGAUAAACAAGUACAAAGGCAAUGUCCUCAAAGUCGUCUUAUCCGAGAGGACCAGGUGCCAGCUCGGCAUCAGGCGGCAUCAAGUGCGGCUCACCUACCAGAACGCAGAGGAAGCCAAUCAGAUAAAAAGGCAAAUGAUGUUGAAAAUGAAACUUAAGAAAGUGCAUAAGAACAACUACCAGGUGGUGGACUCCUUGCCCGAUGACUCAUCGCAGUGUAUAUUUAAGUGCUGGUUUUGUGGGCGGCUGUAUGAAGACCAGGAAGAAUGGAUGAGUCAUGGCCAACGGCACUUGAUAGAAGCAACUAGAGAUUGGGAUGUUCUUUCUUCCAAGGGCAAAUAA